CUUCAGCUCGCGAGUUCGAAGCGCGCCGUUCAUUGGUUUGAACUCCGCGGUCUUUCGAUCUCGACCGUUUCCUUGCGAGAGUUGCGAAUCGUGGGAGGAAGAAUCGUUCGCGGGGCCGAAGUCUGCGGGAAACCCCAGCGUGAAGGGGUGAGCGAGGUGCAGAAAGAAGGAGAGAGAGAGAGAGAGAGAGGAUGAAACCUGGUCAGCGGGGAAAACGGGAGGAAAAUUGCAAGCCGGAUGAGGAGAGGGAGGAUCGCUCGAUGGAGAGAACGAGAAAGAUUGGUUGAGAAGCCGGGAGCGACGAAGAGGAUCGAAGGGUUCCAGGCGUGGGGGGGAAACGCGGAUGGCGAAAGAGAGUGGAAACAGCGUCGUGGAGGGAGACGGAGGGGAAGGUGGGUAAGCAGAGAAGGGAGGAAAGGCAGCUGCAAGCAGUCGGUGCAAGGAAGAGACCGUGCGAGGGUAGAGGAAGACGGGAGCAGUGUCAUGGUGGCAGGUCUGGCCUGCUGGCUGUCCGUCGACGGUCGACCUGCUCCCUGGCUUACCUGACAGCGCUCGCCUCUCGCCAGUGUUUCCAAAGCCGCGUACACCGAUGGAUCGUCUCGCGAUCCUCUCGUGAGCCCUUUGAGCUCGCCACGCUCGGAUGCCACCACGUCAUCCCCCUUUUCUUUACUCUACCGCAGCCUGAAGCUGAUCCGCAAACGAUCGUCGGAUAUCGGUGGCCCUGUGUCGCGGGAGUCGACAGUCCACCGAACCGUGCACGCAGAGAAACGGCUGAUUCCGAACCCGAACCAGCCGCACAGACGGCGAGCAAGAGGGAGGGAAGUGACACGUUGCGAUACGAUCGAUCCAACGGCGAAGUUACGCGCGUUCAUACAAACAGCCUCCUCGAGAACCGAUCGGGGAACAAUGUGCUCGUGACAGAGAACACCAGCUACCCUGGAAUAGCUGACGAUCUAGCUGACGAUCUUUCCAGUUGUUCGAUAGGGAACUCUCCUCGCUCUUCGCGGCCUCGUGGAGCACUCUUCGGUGGAAGAGGGCCACGCCGAAGAACACCAAGAACACAGUGAAAAAUACCAACGCACCGAGUAGGAAACGGAUAAAACGUGGGCGUUGAGUGAUUGUUGUCGGUGCUAGUUUCCAUCGAGAGUCAUGAGAGAUACCAACGAUAUGAUGGAGGACGCCCUGUCCGAGGUAUGUAAUAGCUGAUAAAUCGGCCCGAGUUUCGUUUACCUCGUGCUCCCGGCUACCACGCUACAUGCCGGUGUCACCAGUCACCAUCGCCACUGGAACUCGUUCAACUCGCCGUAGCUAUUCUGCGGUGAAAGAGAAUCCUUCCUCACCACGAGAACAUGACGUAUCCGUGCGCACGGCCUCACAGAUCCAGUGAGCCUCGGAUCGCUUACCUCGCGGUGGCCCCCUUGAUCCGUUUAAACACCCUCUGGAUACAAAGACCAAACUCCUUUUCGCCCAACGAGUUACAGUUUCAGAGUAUAACAUCGCUGUGGCUCAUUCUGAGGCUGGACUCUGUUUCUAAGGCGUACCUAGCAAAACAUGAAGAAUCUAGCAAACAUGAACUUAGAACGCUCUUCGAACAGACUCCGAUUACUCUAUGAGAUUACUCUAUAGUUUACUAGCCAAAGCCUUGUGAUCGUUCCAAUUAACUUUGUCACUGGAGCGCGGGUCACGUAGAAAUACGUAUUUAGUAGAUUUGUGAGAAGUGUUAAGAGAUUACGAAUCAGCGACGAAGAAUUUCUUAAUUAUUUUUCAUAAGUAAAUUAAGACCCAUGUAAGCUUGAGGUCCAAGCCAAUCGACUCGAUCUGUCUCACGAUCUGUUCAUGAAUACCAGUUUCCCUUGAUAGUUGUAUGUACUUUACCCACGAGCCAAAAUAAACGCGUGUUGUUGUCAGCUGUGAGGCAACAAUGUACCUGCAUCGUUCAUUAUAACAACGAUCAUCAAGACAUUAUAAAGUUUCUCGUACGGGACGAAUAGAAAUUCCUGGACCUAAGCUCGAAGAUGCUGUACCUCGUACGGUUAAUAAAAUCCAGAGCACCCGAUAUUAAGAGAGCCCCUCUUUUUUCGUCCAGGUUGUAUACUCGAAACCUCCAUGCAAAUGUAACGUUACCUGUUUGUUCUCGGGUUUUACUUACGAGUGAAACUGUAGUAAACGCCCAGGGAAUACGGUACUCCGAGUACGAAGCGAUUUCGUUUUACAAACGAUUUCGCAUCGAUGUCUCGCGUAAUACUCCGAAUCGCGAGGAUCACCGAAUGGCCCGGUUGAGGAGGAUUGGAGAGAUUACGGGACACUUGGCCUGGAGUGUCGACUCAACUCCGCGAUUUAGAAACCGUGCAGCGCACGGUGGCCCGUUUACGGAGGUCCCGUCGUGGAAACGGGCUCUGCCUUGCUCCACGUCCUUUCCCAACUUUGUACUCCAGAUUCCACUGGGGACACUUGAAGCGUUAUUUGGAACUCGUUUGAGGUUGUAACGAUGAGCGAUCGUUUAUCCUUCGACAUCGAUCUUUGACAUGACGAUGAACUGUGGGGGUGAUAGAGGAGGGUUGGAGGACCUCGUCGAUCUGGCAACCGACGUCGCGGAUUCAUCUCCGACAAUUCGAGAUGCCGCGGAGAGGUUACUGACGUUGUUGGGCAUGGAGGACGAGAACGAGGAGCUGUUGUCCUCCUCCGAGGAUGAGGGCGUGGAGCUGGACGAGAACGAGCUGGAGGACGACGAGGACGAGUUGGAGAACACCAGACUGCUGCACCAGCUGGCUGCCUCGCUGGCGGAGGAGCUCAAGCAGUCCCAUCAGUCUCAUCAGAAACAGAAUUCGGUCAGGCUUCUGGCGAGGAGUCCUUUCGAUAAAGACAGGAUGGAACUGGCCGAGGCUGAAAGUAGCUACACGGAACACGGUUGCCUUCAGGGACAGGAGGUCAAGGAAAGCCGUUACCGCGAGACGGAAAGAUGUCAGAGACAGGACGCGUCCCGUUCUUUCGCCAAGGAGCACGACUUCGUCGAGCUUUACGAGUGCUUGGAUCACCGUCUGAGAAUGGACUCGGACCCGGAGGACGUGGAUGCCCAUCGGGAGCAAGUCUCGCCGUCGUGGGGCGCCGGAUGGGACGCCUGCGCCGCGGAAGCUUUGAGAUACCUCGUGGAGGACGAAGGACUACCGCCUCAUCAUCCCACGGUCUUGGCCAUGAAGGACCAUCUGGAGACGCAGAGGGAACGAGCCUUUGCUCGGUACACGGCGUAAACGAAUCGUCGUUUAAUCGAGCGCGAUGGUAUUUUUUUAAGGAAGUCUGGUUGGCCAGCUUCUCCAGGGAUGCUCUCGGCGAUGGUGGAUUUAGAUCGACUUGAAAACGGGAGAUGACGUUUUCCGGUCGGGAUCGAGAUCGAAAUCGAGGAGCGAACAUGGACGAGGAUGUAAACAGCUACCAAGAACUAAACUUUUCGAGCCGAGAACAGGCUACGUGUUACGUUAACGCCGUUGUCGAUAGUUGCGGGGCUGAUAUGAGGCGUAUCGACGCUACUCAGGGCUGAAUCAACCCUUUGCGGCGACUUUUUCGGCCGGGCGAGGUAGCAGGUCGAGACGAUUUGCGCAAAUGUGUCGAGUGCCUUACAGGUAAAAUAAAAUGAUCUUAUUAAAUCUUGAAUAUCUCGCGUGUUUUUUAUGAUAGGAAGAAAUGUUAGUGGAAAACAUUGUUUAGUUUCGAGAGAGUGAUAGACACGAUAGACAAAAUAAAAUUGUCAUUGGACUGUCUUUAACACUUUCACUGCGGACGAAAAUAAGUAGCCGUUCCCUGGGAGUUGCAAUUAUGAUAUUUUUUUUAAUGACAAAAUUUCUUACAAAUGUUCUAAUAUGAUUAUUUUGAAAAACAUAUAUUUGUGGUAACUUAUUUUAUAUAUAAAAUUGGUUGAUUAUUAUCCAUUUUAUAAGGGUAAACACAGAAAGAAAAUUUUCCUAAAGUCUAACCACAACACUAAACACGAAAGAACAGACCAACAUGAAUGCUUAAAUCGUGCCGACUGUCUAAAUACGGCUAAACCGACUAAAAAAGCAAAGGACGCGCAUGUGCGUCAUCCGCACAUGGCAAGGGCUCAGUUGGAUGCACAUGUGCGUAAUCCGCAGCGAAAGUGCUAAAUGG